CACGGUAAUAAAGAUUCCGAUUUCACAGGUGAUAGACGCGUCAUCUGGGUCGGAUUGGGACGAUGAUAACGAUGCUGCGUACGCAACAUGCCCUAGCACACCCAGGAGUACCAGUUUUGUUGGACCAUCAGAUCUUACUCAAGGACAGGCGUUCCUCCUCCCCGGGACAGCCUCGUACUCGCCUGACACCCGCGCGAGAGAUAAUGAGGAAAUAGUCGGUGUGAGUGAUGACGGAUUAAGCUUCAGUGACGCGCGGUUGGGCGGUUCGCAAAAGGAUACGAUCCCUAGGGUAGACCUGUCGAGUAGUGUAUCUAGCAGCCCUGUGCCAGCACAUGACCUGGAGGACGAUCGUCUCAAACCGGCGCGGCCGGGUGGUAGGGUCCGCAGGGUUUCUGAGGAUUUCGACAACGCACGGUCGGAAAUGAAAGGGGUGCUGCAUGUCGAGGUCAUCGAUGCUCAGGGUUUGCCACAGCAGUGGAUGCGGUCACGGGUGUCAUUCGUGGUAAUAUCCAUUGGUCUACAGAUCUACCGAACAUCUGUGCACAAGGCACGCUUAGCUGACCCAGUUUGGCAUCAGGAGUUGCGAUUUCUUCUGAAUGGUAUCAACGAAAUCUACGACAUGACCUUUGCGAUAUACAGAAAAAAUAUAAAAUACGGCCACUCAUCCAUCAACAUCAAGGAGGUGCUGCGCGAACUCACGGCUCAACCUGGAUGCUACAAGGACUUCUUCCUACCGAUUAUAGAGGACUACGCCACCACUGCCACGGACAAAGACAUCCGAGGACAAAUGCACGAGGCAUACGUGCCCAAGUAUCGAGUGGCCGGUUUAACACUGCGGAUGCGUUAUCUGCCCAAGGAAAAUGUGGAGAAGACGUUCUUGGAAUCCCUGCUGACCUAUUUUAAUACAGAAUCGAACAAUAGGAUCAGUACGGGGGAUUGUUUGGCGCUACUGGAUCAGCUAGGCAUAGUGAUGACGGAAUACCAGUUUGAGCGGUUUUGGAAAAGCAUCGCCCCGGAGAACUCAACCGAAAUCACCGUCGACGACUUCAUGGGCGCGCUAAACAAGCUAUCAUUUCAGGAAUCCGGAGUGAUGCAGAGAUUACUGAGUUACAUCGAUUUCGGAGAGGAGUUCUUGCACCACUACGUGUUGGGAGGGUUUCUGUCCGUCGAAGAAGCUUCCAAAAACUAUGCCGUUCCCAAAGACAAAACGUUCUCGCGAAAUGACAAGCCGAUUGACCCGUCAGACAAAAAGAUGAGUGAGAGAGAGGGCACGAAGAUGAACAAGCCAGAGUCCUGUUUCAACAUCCCAGGGUUUGUGGCCUUGCACAAUAUCGCCACGCACGAGAUAGAAAAGCCAAUAGAGGAAUUUAGGACAUUCAACGAAUUCUUCAGCCGUCGAUUAGCACCAGGUGCUCGACGAGAUCACGCAUUGGGCAAUGAGAAGGUCGCAUUGUGCUGUGCUGAUUGCAGGUUGAUGACGUUCCAGACUUGGAAGCACUCGCAACGGCUGUGGGUCAAGGGUACCCAGUUCAACUUCGCAUCGAUGGUCGGUCCCGAACUGCAGCACCUGGUACCGUACUUUGACAACGCGUCACUCUGCAUAUCAAGACUUGCACCACAGGAUUACCACAGAUGGCACAUGCCGGUGACUGGCAAAUACGUCAACGAGACAUUCAUAGACGGCCAGUACUACACAGUCAAUCCGAUUGCGAUCAAGAGCGAAGGCUUCGAUGUGUUUACUGAGAAUAAGAGGAUUGUAUCUGAGUUCAUGACAGAGGCCUUUGGGUUGGUGCUUCUGGUUGCGGUGGGUGCCACACUGGUGGGCGGUAUAGACAUUUUCCCAAAAAUCGGCCAAGAUUUGAAGAAGUUUGACGAGCACGGCACCUUCUUUUUCGGCGGGUCAACAGUCAUAGUGGUAUUCCAGGAAGGUGUCAUCAAUAUGGACACGGACCUCUUAGCCACUAGUAUGCGGUCGAUGGAAACACUGGUCAGAGUGGGACAAACACUAGGCACAGCAACGGGGAAGGCAGCGAAGCUCGACGCCUCAAAUUACGACAGCGUGGUCGCAGAACACUCGCUGAAGAAUCUCAAAUUUUAAAUUCGUGAAAAUUGGUAGGCUAAGUCGCCUUUUAAUGGAUAAGAAUAAACUAGCUCGAAUGAAUUGGGGACA